AUGACUGAUAAUAGAACCUUAAGGCAGUUAGCUGCUCCUGAUGUGAAUUACAAUGGUGAAGAUCCACAUAGACAUCUCAAAGAAUUUCAGGUUGUGUGCUCUACACCGUUGAGGCCUGAAGGAAUAACUGAAGACCAUAUCAAACUUCGAGCUUUUCCUUUUUCAUUGCAAGGUGCAGCAAAGGAUUGGAUUUAUUAUCUCGAGCCAAACUCAAUUGCAAGUUGGACAACCCUGAAAAAAGUGUUCUUGGAAAGAUAUUUUUCUGCCUCCAGAGCUGCCUCAAUAAGAAAGGAGAUUUGUGGUAUUAGACAAGGCAAUGAGUCGCUGACCGAGUAUUGGGAGAGAUUCAAGCACUUGGUAUCUAGCUGCCCUCAACAUCAGAUCAUUGAGCAACUCCUCAUCCAAUACUUUUAUGAGGGGUUGCUACCGAUGGACAGGAACAUUCUUGAUGCUGCUAGUGGUGGAGCAUUAGUCGAUAAAACUCCAGCUGCUGCCAAAGCCCUUAUUGAAAAUAUGUCUCUUAAUUCUCAACAGUUCACCAUUAGGGACAAUUCUGUGCAAAGCAAAGGCGUGAGUCAAAUUCAAGUUUCUUCUAACAAAGCCUUAGAGACCAGAAUUGAAGAACUCACUGCCUUAGUCAAACAGCUGGCAGUAGCAAAACCUCAAACAACAACUUGGUGUGGCAUUUGUACUUCUCCUGAGCACCCGACCGAUACUUGUCCUAUUCUGAGAGACGAGUCCAUUACUGAGCUGCCACAAGCUUAUGCAGCCAACCUUUACAAUCAAAACAGGUACAACAACACUCCUGACCUGUCCACCAACGAAUACCAUCCCAAUUGGAGGAACCAUCCCAACCUUCGAUAUGGAAACCCGCAAACCAGCCAACAACAGAACUCACCUCAAGCGGCUGCCCCUGCACCUUCCGGACCAUCCUUGGAGGAUCUUGUUAAGCAAUGGCCGUGA